CACGCAUGAUGGAUAUGUGCCUCAUUUUACAAUCAGAACCUCCCGUGCGUUUUUUGGGGAUAAUCUCACGGAUUCCUCUAAGAAAGAGUCUAUUUAACCGUAUUCAAAUAACAGUUAAUAAGAACACGUCAAAGCUUCAGCAUAUUCCUUCAUCUGUUGACUGUGGAGGCUAGGAGGAGGGAUCUAAAGUAAGAGCAAGGUCUUAAGUAGAAGAAGCCCAUAGCUCAAAGACAACCUUGGCAAGCGAAACUAUUUUCACGAACCCAGGCACGCACGAGGUCGAGGCAGCGGUCACUUCUCGGGGCCUGCAUACUACAUUUCAUGAAUGUUGUUCCCAGGGUUCUCGAGCUGUGCCCAGCUGACAGGCUUUCAAAAAUGGCACAAUAACUGUUCCAGUGAUGCCUGACCAUGACAGCACAUCCCUCUUAAGCAGACAAACCAAGAGACGAAGAGUUGACAUAGGAGUGAAGAGGACUGUUGGGCAAACAUCUGUGGUUUUUACCCGCACAAAAGCAACCUUUUUUAGUGCCAUGAAUCCCCACGGUUCCGAGCAAGAUGUUGAGUGUUCAGUGGUGCAGCACGCAGACGGCGAGAAGUCCAACGUGCUUCGCAAGCUGUUGAAGAGGGCGAACUCUUACGAAGACGCUAUGAUGCCCUUUCCGGGGGCAACUAUCAUCUCCCAGCUUCUGAAAAACAAUUUGACCAAAAAUGGAGGCAGUGAGCCUAAUUUCCAGGGAAGUGGCCUCUCGAGCACCGGUUCAGAGAUCCAGCAGGAGGAUGCUUGCAGCAACUCCUCGCGGGGCAGCCCUCAGGAGUGCCUUUCACCAUUCAACAGGCCCUCCAUGACCCAAUUUGAAAUGGAGAGGCUAACAGAUGAGCAUCUUAGGGCCAAACGAGCCCGGGUGGAAAACAUCAUCCGUGGGAUGAGCCAUUCUCCAAGCGUCACGCUCCGUGCAGGUGAUAACGAGCGUGAGGGGGCAGCCCAGCCCCCGAGUCCUCGUGAGAACUACCGGGAAAACAAGCGCAAGCAGAAACUGCCACAGCAGCAGCAGCAGAGUUUCCAGCAACUCGUCUCUGCCCGCAAAGAGCAGAAACACGAGGAACGCCGGCAACUGAAACUACAGCUAGAGGACAUGCAGAAGCAGCUCCGGCAACUGCAAGAGAAGUUCUACCAGAUUUAUGACAGCACUGACUCUGAGAAUGAUGAAGAUGGAAACAUCUCUGAAGACAGCAUGCGUUCUGAUGGAAUGGACAAUCGUGCCCACGACUCGGUCCCAGAUCGCUCCGACAACGAGAUGUCUGACCUGGAUCCAGGGCACUUCUUGGAUCGAGCACGCGCACUUAUUCGGGAGCAGAACAUGAUGGCGGAGGGGGACAAACACAAGCGUGAUGGGUCACGAGGAAAGAGCCAGGGACCAACCUCCAUGCACGCAGAGGGCAAACAGCUAGCAGAGACGCUAAAACAAGAGCUCAAUACAGCAAUGUCCCAAGUAGUGGACACCGUGGUGAAGGUCUUUGCCAAGCCUCCACGCCCAGUUCCUCAGGUUUUCCCACCCCUGCAGAUGCCCCCUGAUCGUUUCGCAGUCAAUGGAGAAAACCCAAACUUCCAUACUGCCAACCAGCGCUUGCAAUGUUUCGGUGAUGUCAUCAUUCCUAAUCCCCUGGACACUUUUGCUAGUAUGCAGGUGCACAACUCAAAUGACCAAACAGAGGCCCUGCCUUUGGUAGUGAGAAAGAACUCUUCAGAUCAGACUGGGUCUCUUCCCACACCUGGGGGUCACCACCACCAUUCCCUGCACCCCUCACCCUUAUCUUCCGCAAUGGGCUUUAGUCCUCCCUCUUUCCGCCAUCCUUUCCCCCUUCCUCUAAUGGGCUACCCUUUCCAGAGCCCCUUAGGUGGCCCAACAGGGCAUUACCCAGGAAAGGAUAGGUCUUCUCCCGAGUCUCUGGAUUUGUCCAGAGAGACCACCAGCCUACGGACCAAGAUGUCGUCCAACCACCUCAGCCACCAUCGUUCCAUGUCACCAACACACCCAGGGAAUGAAGGCUUGUCCUUGUCCCUCAUCAAGUCAGAGUGCGGAGACCUUCAGGACAUGUCUGACAUCUCCCCAUAUUCAGGAAGUACAAUCCAAGAGGGGCUUUCUCCGAACCAUCUGAAGAAGGCCAAGCUGAUGUUCUUCUACACACGCUACCCCAGCUCCAACAUGCUGAAGAUGUUCUUCUCAGACGUGAAGUUCAACCGCUGCAUCACAUCACAGCUGAUCAAGUGGUUCAGUAACUUCCGUGAGUUUUACUACAUCCAGAUGGAGAAAUUUGCUCGGCAGUCCAUCAACGACGGUGUGACAGGGGUAGAAGAGCUGAGCGUGAGCCGGGACUGCGAGCUUUUCCGCGCUCUCAACAUGCACUACAACAAGGCCAACGACUUUGAGGUUCCGGAGCGAUUCCUGGAAGUGGCACAGAUCACGUUACGGGAGUUUUUCAAUGCCAUUGUGGCAGGCAAAGAUGUUGAUCCUUCCUGGAAGAAGGCCAUAUACAAGGUCAUCUGCAAGCUGGACAGUGAGGUCCCAGAGAUUUUCAAAUCUCCCAAUUGUCUGCAGGAGCUUCUGCAUGAGUAGUGAUUUGAAUUGCUUACCAAGUAUCAUCCCUUCUUUUCGAGAAAUCUUUACAAAGUAAGAGGUAGCAUUCCUAUUUUUAAGUCCCGGCUACUUUUGAAUGACUUAGCUGUUAAUUUUUUUUUAUUUAUUUUUUUUGCAUCUUUUUGGGAAAGUCUAUAAAAUUCUUGAUUGUUUUGACUGUAUUCAAUCCUUACCCCAUUUUCCUUGCCUUUAAAAUGGGCAUUACUAUGUUUACCACACAAUGGUUAACAAAUGGAACUGACACCCUGAAUUUCUCUCUUUUAUUGGUCUUUUUUUUUUUUGUUGAGGGCUUUGUUUUAUCCCAGGAUGUUUGCAAUGUGUGAUGGUUUUACUAUUGCUGAAUAAGACUUGCAUUUGUAGCUUGUAUAGAUGUAAUUAUUAUUUAUGAUUAAUAUAAUUAUUACCAUUAAUGUUAUUCAUGCUUGCUACAAAAAAAAAAAAAAGAAGAGAGGAAAAGAAAGACAAAAAAUUGACAUGUGGUAUUCUUGUUUCUCAUGGCAAAUGCUACAGAAAAUAAAUUAUUCUUUGGACAAAAAAUAAUAAUAAUAAAGAGGGGUAUACAUUUUCUAUGUGGGAAAUUCAUAUAUAUAUAAUAUAAAUUUAUAUAUAUAUAUUUGAUGUUAUUCUUGAAAGAAACAGCAUUAACUGUUUUUUUUUUUUUUUUUUUUUGGUUUAGCCAUUCUUCCAUGUUGGCUAGGGUCCAAUGUUCUUGUGUUUUGUGUCCACAUUGAUAGCACUGGCUCUAGGGAGGGAGGCCUACUCGUAGUUUUUUUUUCCUUGACAGAGCAGCCUCUCCUGUAACUAAGCAACAUGGCCAUUUCAUACUGGGGCAAGCCAGUUCGGCACAAAAAAAAUGGACGCCUUCCCACUGAGAAACCAUUCUUGCUCAUAAAAAGCACACUGUCACAACUGCUCGCAUAAACACACACACACAUUACUCUCAUACAUAGACGCUAAUUCACAAACACGUGCCGUACGGCAUCAAGACAAGAGAAUGGUUGUUAUUGUUCAUUUUCUCCACCUGCUAGCUGGGAACACCUCUAUAAUUGGACUGUAAAUUUGGUAGAUUAUCUCAAGUUUGGUUUACACAGUAGAGAUUUUGGCUGAGAAUAAUUAUUUGAGCAUUAGCAAAAGUUUUUUUUUUUUUUUUCUUUGUACGUACUGGAUUGUACAUAGUUUAUUUGUUAGAAUUGUACAGAUUUGCUUAAUAUUCACAAUCAUCUGAUUAUGCUGUGGCAGUGUACAGUUUAUCAGUAGUGAAACCAUGUUAAAGAGAGACAUUGUUUGUUUGAGUUCAAUUGUACAUUUCUAUAUGAAUCAUAUGAAUUUCUUUGAGUUGCAUUUUAGUAGCUUAGCCUGCUAAGAGAUCCACGUAAAUGUAACUAAUCACAAAAAUUAGCCUACCCUAGAGGGAAAAAAAAGCACAGUUUCUUCUCAAAUCCGUGUUGACAAAAGAAAAGAGGGCCUUCAGACUCUUUGUGCAUCCCUUCCUAGUUCAUAAAUAAGAGUCUGCAGUAGAGGGCAAGGGCUGGACAUGUGAUCUGCUCUGGAAGCCUGUGCCGUUUGCAUUGGGCAAAUCCAGCUGAUGAAUUGAAACGCAGGCCGGCAAUUAUUGUCAGCACAAUGCCUUAAAAAACCUGCUGACUUCUAGAUUAAUGGGCACAAAAGAGCAUGAGGUGCUGUCAUUCUGUCGCCAGGGCUGGCAUCAUCCACAGCCCCCGGACAACGCACAAAACGCCAAGCUAUUCACUAUGCAUUGUAAAGAAGAGGAAAAACAAACCCAAAAACAAAGUUUGGCCCUGUUCUCUUCUCAAGUCUCUUGCAAGGCUGUGCUGACGUACGUUCUCCUUUACAUGCAUUGUGAUAAAUAAACGAUUCUUUCAAGUCGUAA